UCCACAGAUAAAGGCAUUCCAAGCUCCCUCUCGCAGAAGAAUUUCUCCCGCUUCCAGAAACACAAAUAAGCCACCAUGAUGAGUGCCAAGACACUCGCUCGGCUGGCGAAGAAGUGGCAGAGGGUGGUGGCUAUCGGGCGGAAGAGGCUGACCUGGUCGUCAUCAACGUCAGCGGAAGAAACCGGAGGGCCGUGUGGCACAUCAUGCUCAUCGGUGGCCGGCAAGGGACACUUCAUCGUGUACACCACCGACGGUGUGAGGUUCGAGGUGCCGCUUGCGUUCCUUGGCACGACAGUCUUCGGCGAGCUCUUCAGGAUGUCCCAAGAGGAGUUCGGCUUCGCAGGCGUUGACAGUGGCAGAAUCACGCUGCCCUGCGAUGCAUCGAUGAUGGAGUACGCGAUGUGCUUGCUCAGGAGAAGUGCCUCUGCAGAGAUGGAAGCCGCGUUCCUCCACUCCAUGGCGAUGUCAUGCCAUUAUCAUGCGGCAGCACAUCUGGGAGUUAGCCAGCCUUUUGGUGUCUGCAGCUCGUGAUUAGCGUCUGCAGAGAUAUAGGAAAAUAGGAAAAGGCAAUUAGUUUAUGUGAAGUAUUUUGAUCUUUGUUAGAAGAUGGGCAAUAGUAAGAGACAAUGUUCUUCCAACGAAAAGAAAUGCCAAAGCGGAAUUAAUGACAA